AUGGGAAAAAGAGGUAGAGUACAGCUGAAGAGGAUAGAAAACAAGAUCGAUAGACAAGUUACUUUCUCAAAGAGAAAGCCUGGUUUGAUUAAGAAAGCUAAUAAAAUUUCUGUUUUACAUGAUGCUGAAGUUGCUCCGAUUUUUUUUUCACCGAAAGGAGAACUAUUUGAAUACCCUACCGAUGCUUGUUACCUACUCGUGAUAAUUCAUUCUCGAGUUGCUCAUUCCAGUGAUACUGAUGAGGAUCUCCCUGAAGAGUCCAAAGAUGAUGAGGAUUCGUCAUCAGGAGAUAGUGAAACAUCCCCUGCGUCGUCAGGCAGCAGCUGCAGCGAACGAUAUGAAGAAGAUGAAGAAGACUGGAGUUACAAUGAGGAAGACUAA